ACAACAAAGCUGCACCUACGUGCUGAAUAAGAGGCGUCUCUCCUCAUUGUGCUGCUCUGUCUCUGCAGAGGACAAAGACGAACCCGCACUCUUCUUCCCACGACACCUUCCACAAGGCAGCAGCGCCACGCCCUUUCCACAAGGAAGGCCAAACUAAAACUUCAGAAGCCACUGCCAGUUUAAAGAGUUGUGACGCAUCAUGACCAGCAGGAGGACGGGCAUCCAGCCGAGGAUUGUGUCCAAAGAUGGUCACAAUACUGUGCGCAUUGACAACGUGGAGGGUAUGGUCAAGCUGUACCUGCAUGAUAUCUGGACCACUGUUGUGGAUAUGAAGUGGCGCUACAAACUCACCCUGUUUGCUUCAACCUUUGUCAUGACCUGGUUCAUCUUUGGUGUCAUCUUUUACUUCAUUGGCAUGGGAAAUGGUGACUUUGAGCAUGACUUGAGUUCCAACCACACACCCUGCGUGGUUAAUGUGGGGACACUCACUGGAGCCUUCCUGUUCUCUCUGGAAUCCCAGACCACCAUUGGCUAUGGUUUUCGUUACAUCUCUGAGGAUUGUCCUCUGGCCAUCUUCACACUUGUGGCUCAGCUGGUCUUCACUGGCCUGGCAGAGAUCUUUGUCACCGGCGCCUUUCUUGCCAAACUAGCUCGGCCCAAGAAGCGAGCAGAGACCAUCAAAUUCAGUCAGUCAGCAGUGAUUGGCCAGCACCGAGGCAAGCUGUGUCUGAUGGUGAGAGUGGCAAACAUGAGGAAGAGCCUUCUGAUCCAGUGCCAGCUAACAGGCAAGCUUCUUCAUUCCACUGUGACUGAGGAGGGCGAGAACACCCAAAUCCACCAGAGUUCUGUUGAUUUCUACAUGGACUCGAGUCAAGAGUGUUCCUUCCUCAUCCUCCCGCUCACCUUCUACCAUGUUCUGGAUGAGAACAGUCCUCUGACUGGCCUGACUGCAGAAAAUCUACACGCUCAGAAUUUUGAGCUGCUUGUUACUCUCAAUGCCACAAUGGAGUCCACUGCGGCCACCUGCCAGAGUCGGACCUCUUAUAUUCCCCAAGAAAUUCUCUGGGGUUAUGAGUUCAAGCCAGUGCUGUUCAGCACCUCCAGCGGCCGUUAUGUGGCAGAUUUCAAUUAUUUUAACAAGGUACAGGUGAGCAACGAACCAGCCUUCCACAGCAAGACCUCAGAGAAGUUAAAGCUGGAAAAGGACUAUAAGAAGGAGUAGAGGCUCUCAGUCAUCCUGCCAGUUGUAUUCUAACCUGGCUCAAAAUGUGGCACCAUCUUCCAGGCCAUUGAUCUCAGUGGGUUUUUCCACAAAGGUGUUUUUUUUUUUUCUCAGAAUCUACAUACUUUAAAAAACGACACCAUUGUUUAUUAAUAUGUAUAUUUCGCAGACAAGAAUGAGCGAAGCUCGUCAGCAUCUCACCAUGUCAUUUUGAUCCUUCAGACUUUAUUUUGAGUAAACGCUUCAGAGGAGCAUUAGCAUGGAAAAAACC